UUAUAACUGAAGUUGGAAAAUUGGGGAAGGCAGCAACAGUGUUAGUCAAAAACUCGCUUCAAAACUGGAAUUGAAGUUGAAAAAAAAGUAGUGGAAGUCGGUGAAGAAAGAAAGAGCGAAGAAGCAGCAGAUGGGUGUGAGUGUGAAUGGCGUGGCGGUGAGGGUAGCUUUGGCGGUGGUGGCGCUCUGCAUUGGAGGCUACAUUUUGGGUCCGCCUCUCUAUUGGCACCUCCGAGAAGCCAUUGCUGCUUCUUCUUCUGUUUCUCUUUCUUCUUGUGCUCCUUGCGUCUGCGAUUGCUCUUCCCAACCCCUUAUUUCUCUUCCUCAAGGUCUUAGCAACGCUUCAAUUGGAGAUUGUGCAAAGCACAACCCGGAGGUGAAUGGAGACACCGAAAAGAACUUUGUGGAGCUACUGUCGGAAGAAUUGAAGCUGCGGGAAACUCAAGCCUUGGAAAACCAGCACCGUGCCGACAUAGCCCUACUUGAGGCCAAGAAGGUUGCAUCUCAGUAUCAGAAGGAAUCAGACAAGUGCAAUUCAGGGAUGGAGACGUGUGAGGAGGCCAGGGAAAGGUCCGAGGCGUCAUUAGUGGCACAGAAGAAGCUAACUGCGUUGUGGGAGCUGAGAGCUCGCCAGAAAGGGUGGAAAGAAGGGGCCACCAAAUCCAGUUCAAAGUCUCAAGCAAAAGCAAAAGUACAGAGUGCUUAGACAUGAUUUAGCCUCCAUUGUUGCCCUCUAGUUUCAUUUCGUUGAAUAGCAAAUCAUCAACAUAAUAGGUCACAUAUGAAAGUUAAGGUAUUCAUGAGAAGCCACAAGUGUAGAGUCAAUGCAAAUGCUGUUGUAUUUUUAACUAGGAAUUUAUUAUACAUGUUUUGGGUGUUGAAAGCUGGAAACUUCUACAGCUCAUAUUAUUCUUUUAAGAACUUUCCUUCAUACUUCUUCUACAAAUCAAACAAAGGUCUUUCACUAUGUCUC